AUGCUCCCGAUCCGCUGCGCCAGGCUACGGCAGCAUGUAGCCCGGCAGUGGCCAUUGAGAACGGCUGUUAUUAACCCCUCCACUGUAAACGUCACCACCGUCAAUGUCGCAUCAACAAGGGGCAUCUCAACGACACCAGUCGCCAACCGUUCUGGGCAGCCGUUUCGUAUGGCCAUCAUUGGCUCGGGGCCGGCCGGGUUUUACACCGCGUACCGGGCCAUGGCCAGGAUCCAAGAUGCCAAAGUUGACAUGUACGAAGCCUUGCCUGUGCCUUUUGGUCUCGUGAGGUUCGGCGUGGCUCCUGAUCAUCCGGAAGUUAAGAACUGCCAAGAGAAAUUUGAAGAGGUGGCCUCCUCUCCCAACUUCACCUUCAUCGGCAAUGUCUCUAUCGGUAACAAAAGCGACCACUCGGACGGCUGCACUAUCCCUCUUGCCAGUAUUCUAAGGCACUAUCACGCCAUCGUGUUCUCUUACGGCGCCGCCAAAGACCGGAUCCUCGACAUCCCCGGUGAGAAUCUCAAGGGCGUGUACUCGGCCCGGGAGUUUGUGGGCUGGUACAAUGGCCUUCCCGAGCACGCCAAUCUCAACCCGGAUCUCACGAAGGGAGAAGAAGCUGUCAUUAUUGGGCAGGGCAACGUAGCGCUUGAUGUGGCGAGAAUGCUGCUGGAGGAUGUGGAUGUGCUGCGCAAGUCAGACAUCGCAGAACAUGCCAUCGAAACGCUGUCCCAAAGCAAAGUCAAGCGGGUGCACAUUGUUGGCCGCCGAGGUCCGAUGCAGGCCGCAUUUGCCUCCAAAGAAAUCCGUGAACUCAAGCGUCUUCCUAGAGUUGCCUACCUCCCUAUCGAACGCUCCUUGAUACCACCAGAUCUCAAAGCAAUCCCACGCGCCCCUCGCCGACUCAUGGGGAUCCUCAGCGAACACUCCAGCGAUCGUCUCACCGACGCCGAAAACCCUGCGCUAAAGUCCUGGUCCCUCGACUUCCUCCUCUCCCCAACUGCCUUUCUCCCCUCAGAAUCCUCCCCUGACCAACUCGCCGCCACUCAGUUCGCCCGCAACACACUUUCCCCCUCUCUCUUUGACCCACAAGCCUACGCCCUCCCAGCCAUAAAUGAAGACGAUGGACAACCGACCACGACAACGCUCAAAUCCCCUCUCGCCUUCCGUUCCAUAGGCUACCGCGCCCAGCCGCUCCCAGAGUUCGCCGCGCUCGAGAUCCCUUUCGACGACCGCCGCGGUGUGAUCAGCAACGACGGGCCUAGCGGGCGUGUCCGGCAUGAAGUGCGCGGCCGAGACGCAGCCAUGACACUGGGGAAUUUCCCGGGACUAUACUGUGCCGGUUGGGUCAAACGUGGGCCGACGGGGGUGAUUGCCUCUACGAUGGAGGACGCAUUCGCAACAGCGGAGGCGGUCGCAGAGGAUUGGCAUAGUGGGAAUGUGAAGUUUCUGCAUGAUGGAGAUGGUAGCGCGAGUGGGGGUGAGAGUGGGACGGUAACAGGAUGGGAGGGGGUGAAGGCUGAGGUUUCGAGGAGUUCAGGACUGGAUAAAGCGAGGGUGGUGGAUUGGGAGGGGUGGAAGAAGAUUGAUGCGGCAGAGAGGGAAAGGGGCGAGGGGGUGGGUAAGGAGAGGGAGAAGUUUACAAGCACGGCGCAAAUGCUUGGGGUGCUAAGGUGA